AUCCGGGUGGUGUCACACACCAGCGUCCCGCUGCUGCUGAGGAACCAGCCCUACUUCUUCCAGCAAUCCCAGGACACCCUCUACGUCAUAUGGGGGCCAGCGAAGAAAAUGAACCGGAAGAAGGUGGGCUCGACCUACCAGGCGCUGCUGAAGGUGAUGGAGACGAACCCCUGCCUGCAGAUCUACACCCUGACCGAGGAGAAGAUGAACUAUUGCGACGAUGUCUUCCAGAACGAGACGGGGAAGAACAGGGUCAAGUCUGGCUCCUUCCUGAGCACGGGCUGGUUCACCAUGAUCCUGGCCAUGGAGCUGUGCGAGCAGAUCUGUGUCUUCGGCAUGGUCAGCGACAGCUACUGCAGGGAGAAGAACCACUCGAGCGUGCCUUACCACUACUUCGAGAAGGGCCAGCUGGACGAGUGCAGGAUGUAUCUGGUGCACGAGCAAGCCCGCCGCGAUGGGCACCGCUUCAUCACCGAGAAAGCUGUCUUCUCCCGCUGGGCCAAGAGGAGGAACAUCACCUUCACCCACGCAUCCUGGGCAGGCGGGUAG